AUGUAUCACCUACCUGUUGAGAUAGAACAUAAAGCUUAUUGGGAAAUUAAGAUGCUUAAUCUGGAUCUUACUCUUGCAAGUGAACACAGGUUGAAGCAGAUGAAUACAUUGGAGGAGUUUAGACUGGAUGCGUAUAAAAAUGCGCGGAUUUUCAAGGAAAAGACUAAAAGGUGGCAUGAUCAUCUGAUUAACCCAAAGAAGUUUCAUGAAGGGGACAGAGUCUUACCGUAUAAUAGUAGACUCAGAUUGUUCCCCAGAAAAUUUAAGACUAGAUGGACGGGACCGUAUGUGGUGAAACAUGUACCACCAUAUGGGGAAAUUGAGAUUCAAAACAUAGAUGGAAUGGAAAGAUUCAAAGUGAAUGGGCACAUGCUAAAAUCGUGUUUUGCUAAAGGAUUUGCUCAGCAAUUCUCGAGAAUCAAAAUCAGUUGA